GAUAAGCCGAGCAGUGCUGUAAAACUGCUGAUAAGCUUGAAGUGCAUCGGUUGCACUGGAAAGCUCAGCUUUGACAUCUGCGCCAGCUGCAUCAGCUUGAGCGCGGCCAACUUAGUGAAAGCCGGUUCCGGUUUGGUCAUUUUUCUAAUGACCGGCUGCGUACAUAGACGCGUAAUUAUUGAAGAUUUAAAUCGGAAGGCAUCGAGCGCUAUUGGGAAAUUUUUUAUUGUCUUUGCUAUUAUUUGGAUUGGUUUUGCUGCCUUCAAGGCCUUGUUUCUCGCUUCGCAGCAUACCGCCAGUUUGCUUCGGCCAAGUGCCGCAGCUUAUCCAGCGGAGCACCCCUGCAGGCCAUUCUCGGCCAGCGGAGCACCUCUCCGGCCCUCACGGCCAGCGGAGCACCCCUGCACAGGCUCUCUCGGCCAGCGGAGCACCUCUCCGGCCCUCACGGCCAGCGGAGCACCCCUGCAACGGCCAGCGGAGCACCUCUCCGGCCCUCUCGGCCAGCGGAGCACCUCUCCGGCCCUCACGGCCAGCGGAGCACCCUGCACCGGCCCUCUCGGCCAGCGGAGCACCUCUCCGGCCCUCACGGCCAGCGGAGCGCCUCUACAGGCCACUGCCUGGCCAGCGAAGCGCCUUUAGGUGCCAACUUUAACUCUCAUCUCAUCUUUGCUUUCCUGAACAUCAGCGACCAGAUCGCUUGUACAAAUAUAGUGUGUGUGUUAAAGUUAAUUUAUGAGAAAUUAAAACCAAAUCUGAAAAGUUUAAAAUGAUGCGCUACAUUGUAUAAAACAAAAAAAGUGAAACAAUAUGAUAGAGUAAAAGCUCAACAGUGUAGCGCCGCUCAGCACAAGUUAAAAUGACAUGUUGAGAAAAAUUUAGUAUUGCAAAAAUCGCAAAAAUUGCACAGAAAUAUUAAAAAUUAAAAUAAUUAAAUUUAAUUUAAUUUAGUUAAAAAUUGGUUAAAAAAAAAUGAAUACGCUAAAAAGUUAAAAGUUGAAAAUUAUUAAAAAAAUUGAAAGUUCAUUUGUUCACAAAAAAUAGUAAAAAUUCACAUUAAUUUUAAAAGCGCUACUGCAAUUGCAGAAUUUCAAAAUUGCACAAAAAAGAAAAUAAAAGUUAAAAGUUAAGUUCAAAGUUAAAAGAUAAAAUGAUUUAAAAUCAAAAGGAAUUAGCGCAGCUGUUUUGUUGAUAAAAAAAAUGAAAAAUAAAAAGUUAAAAUCAGAACGAGUAUUGUGCCACAUUCAAUUAAAAAUAAAAGCGCUAAAAUAUUGUAAAACAACAAAUUAAAAAAAUUGAAGCGCUACAAGAAUUAAACAAAACAAAUGUACAAAUAUAAAUGAAAUAGUUGAAAUUAAAUAAGAAAUUGUAGAGCCAUGAGAAUGUAGAAUUUAAAACAAUUGUUGAAUGUGAAGUGCACAAGUUACAAAAAAAUUUAAAAAUAUAAAACAAAACAGCUAAAAGCUUAGAAGGCAAAAUGCCUAAACGAAAAUUAUUAUAUUAAAUUAAAUUAAACAAAUAAGUUAUGAAAAUCAGUGCCAAGUUAUGAAAUAUCAAAAUUAAAACAAAAAUUAAAACGUAUGCAAAUUAUAUUGAAUAACUAGUACCAGUUUCGCGUAGGUACAAUAUGAAGUGUUUCGGUGAAAGUUGUAUUUUUUAUUUUAAUUUAGCACUGUUCCAGCACACCUUCGUCGGAGAUCGAUCGCCGCCGCAGGAGUUCUGUUGGUGAGUUUUUUAUUGCGAAACACACACUUUAUAUAGUACUUUCACCUCGAUUUACAUUGUACAAACACGAAAUAUAAAUUUAUAGAAAAGCAUACGAAAAAAUUCAAACUAUUAAAUAUUAUAAAAAAAUGUUUGAAGAUAAAUUACAAAAUUAAAUCAAAGUUUAAAAUUUGGUACAUGAAAUAAUACAAAGCACUGAAAUUAAAAUACAUUAUAUAUUUAAAAGAAACUUUAAAAGAAAUAUUGCAACUAUCCUCUUGUAGUAUUAUUGAUCAUUUUGUACUAUUUUUAUUUAUAAUGCCAUAUUGUUUAAUAUCUAUCAUUAAUUAAAUAUUGUAUACCAUGAAAUAAUUUACUU